AUGGCAACAUCAGGCAGCGUCGGACCCAAGGCAACGCAGGAGCUGCUGGGAAUUGAGGCGUCGCUGCAGACAGAAGCCAGCUGGCUUCACGGACAUGCCUGCCGAACAUCAACCCUGUCAGAAGAGCCUGGCAGCUUAGAUGUCUUGUGCAACACAGAGGUAAAGACUCACCCAGGCUGCCUAAAGGUUUUAUCCCUGAACAAAGAUAUGACUCCACAUUGCAUCUGGUAUUUUCUGUUUGAGUUCAAAGAAGAUUUUGUGAAGCUGUUCAAGAAGUCCUUGCGCACGCUGCCCUCCGUCGGCCUGCCUACACUCCUGGCCUACAGACCCGAAUCCUCCCGAGAGAACACACAGACUGAGACGGAGGAGGACUCUGCCCCGAGGUGCGAGUACUGCGGCAGCCUGCUGGAGCCGUUCCCUGCCGCCGGGGGAGAGGCCUGCCUGCCCCCACAGGGCGAUGAAUUGAAGUUCUGCUGCCAGAGCAGUCGGGAUCUCUAUGAGUUCAUUGUGAAUGAGAGGAGGAACCAUGAGGCCACCUGGAGCAUUCCUGCUGCCAUCAGCCCCCCCAGAUCCCACCGCACUGAAGACAACAGGCUGCUGUCAAAGGAGUGGACAAUGGGAGCACUUUCAUUUUCCAGGCAGCAGGAGAGACAAGUGGCCAGAGAGUCGGCUGUCCGGGCAGCAGAGCCCCCCGGUGCAGCUGAAUGUUUGAGCCAGGCCGGCACCAUUUCCUACCUGCUUUCUCAGGAGCCCCCAUCACCCACGGGCCGGACACUGAUGCCUGGUGAGAAAGCAGCAGAGCCUGAGGAGGAGCCCAUCUCCUGCAGCAUCACCUGCUGUGAUUUUACCCUCGUGGGUGGAAAGGUAGUGAAGAAUGAAUUGUUGGAAAAAUACUACAAACAUGGAGGGAAGUUCCUCACCAUGUUUCCAGAUGGAACAGUGCAGUUACUCUAUCCAUCUGGAAAUCUGGCAAUCAUUGUUGUACGAGAGAAAAACCAGCUUAUUUGCAUAGCGCAGGAGGACAAGCCGAGCGAUGCCAGAAUACAAGCAGUAUUUAACUCCAGUGGCAGAAGUACCUGCUGUUAUCCCAGUGGAGCUGUGUGGAUAAACAUGAAUGUUCAGGGAGGGCAGUAUUUUGACCAAGCAGGCAGCAGGCUGAGAAGGUGGACGUGGCCAAACAGUGUCAUGUCAUCAGGACCCCAGGUCCCACUGAGCCCCAUCUUCAUCUCCCUGAACCAGCAUGUGGGGGUCAGGAUCCUGGGCCAGGACAAAAUCGUUAUUUCCUUCCUCGCCAUGGGGCAACAAGCAAAAUUCAACGUGGGAACCAAAGUGCAGGCAAGCACCGGUGGCCGGCUGCCUCCCCCGGCCCGGCUGGGCCACGAUGAGCUCCUGCUGCUUGCCUUCAGGGUGAGGAUCCUGCAGCUCUUGGAUAGACUACGCGGGUGCUUGAACUUUCCCUCUAACGAGCAACGGGACAAAAUCAAGCCUCCAGCCUACCUCAUCACACAGACUUUAAAGAUCUUACAGCUGUGUGCAUCUUCUGGCGUAAGCGACGAGCUAUGCAGCUCAGUCAGGGCAAAAGUAAAGGCUGAUGUGUGA